GAGGAGCCGGUACACCUGUGCAAGACUGAAGGGGAGGAGCCAGUACGCCUGUGCAAGACUGAAGGGGAGGAGCCGGGACACCUGUGCAAGACUGAGGGGGAGGAGCCGGUACACCUGUGCAAGACUGAAGGGGAGGAGCCGGUACACCUGUGCAAGACUGAGGGGGAGGAGCAAGUACACCUGUGCAAGACUGGAGGGGAGCAAGACACCUGUGCAAGACUGGAGGGGGAGCCGGGACACCUGUGCAAGCCUGAAGGGGAGGAGCCGAUACACCUGUGCAAGACUGAAGGGGAGGAGCCAGUACACCUAGAGGAUGGGGAUCGGGGCGGAGCCAGCACAGUGCAGGGAAUG